AUGCCCAACUUCCUCAACACCAUUGCCAGCCGCGCAAAGGCUCACCACGAGAGCGUCAAUGCCGCAUACAACACCUACUACACCGGCUCAUCACCUGCCUCUCGAACAGCUUCACCUGAGGCUUCCCGCAGCUCCUCUGUUGCCAGCCCAUCCGCACCCAAGAACCCUACCAAUGCCUCCAAGGCCUGGAAGGCUCUUAAGAAGCACCACCGCGAGAUGAACGAGGCCUUCGCUGUCUACUACAGCCCCGGCAACUCUCCCUCCGCCUCCAGGAACGCAUCUGCCGUCUCCAGCCCAAGGCACAGUGCCGACGCACCCAGGAACUCUAGCGUCAGCGAAGUCAAGGAGGCUGGCCCCAGGAACUACCAGAAGGCGUGGAAGGCUCUCAAGACCAGGGCUAUCGAGCACCACAGGAGCGUCAACGCUGCCUACAACCAGACCUAUGGACUGCACAUGCGCCAAUAG